CUCAACUGGCUCCUUCUCCCUCCUAACUCCUCACUUCAUAGUGCUGCGUACUAAAAACAUCGGACGCUAGGGGAUCAAGACGCAUGCCACAUUAUUGCCUCUAUGUGGGCACUUUAACACAUCUUUCGUGGAGGUUUUUUUUCUCCCAGUAAGGGGGCUGUGGAGGGAGGACUUUUUUUUAUUUUCAUUGUCUGAUGACUGUUUUGCACGGCUGAUUAUUGACUUGAUUGUUUAUUAUUUUUGGCUGCAGCUGAUCGCCGCCCUGCGCGUUUUUUUUUCCUCCUUUUUUUUUGGAAUCGGCGACCCUAUAAUAUCCCUCUGCUCACCAAAUGUCCUAUCCUCAGGGUUACCUCUACCAGCCCCCGGGCUCGCUGGCUCUUUAUUCGUGUCCGGCUUACGGGGCCUCGGCUCUGGCUGCUCCGAGGAAUGAAGACUUGGCGAGGUCCUCAUCCGGCUCAGCCUUCAGUCCUUAUCCUGGAUCGGCUGCUUUCUCCGCCUCGGCUGCUGCAGGCUUCUCCAGUCCGCUGUCAUACUCCACGGAUCCAACCACGGGAUUCCCAUCCUACAUGAGCUCUCCAUAUGACGCGCACACGUCGGGCAUGGCCGGGGCGUUGAGUUACCACCCAUACGGGAGUCCAGGGUACCCGUACCAGCUCAACGACCCGGCUUACCGCAAGAACGCCACCAGGGACGCCACGACCACCCUGAAGGCCUGGCUGCAGGAGCACCGGAAGAACCCGUACCCGACCAAAGGGGAGAAGAUCAUGCUGGCCAUCAUCACCAAGAUGACCCUGACGCAGGUCUCAACGUGGUUCGCCAACGCCAGGAGGAGGCUCAAGAAGGAGAACAAGAUGACGUGGGCGCCCAGGAAUAAGAGCGAGGACGAGGACGAGGAGGACGGAGACGGAGAGAGGAAGGAGGAGCAGCGAUCAGAGAAAACCCUGGAUAACAGCGAGGCUUCAGCGGAGGAUGAAGGUAUCAGCUUGCACGUGGACACUCUGACGGACCACUCGUGCUCGGCAGAGUCUGACGGAGAGAAGGUCAGCUGUCGUGGUGUGGUGGGGGGGGAUCUGGAUCUGGGCUCGGACCAGACCGACGGAGACAAAUGCGACGAGGACCGGAACCAGCACCACGACCCGCGGGCUCAGCUCUCACCCAUAUCCGUCACAUCGUCGCCUCUCACGGGAGUAGAAGCUCCACAGCUUCUCAGUCACCACCACCACCUCCAACAUCAUCUCCACCAUCUCCACAGCCAGCGCGAGGAUUUGGCCCGGAACCUCAUCGUCAAUAUUAAUAACAAUAAUACGAAUAAAUCGUCUUCAUCAUGCCUUGAUAGCAGACCUUCUUCGGGGGCGCCUCAGACCCCUCCAGUCAAGCCCAAAUUGUGGUCGCUGGCGGAAAUUGCUACCUCGGACCCAAAGCAGCAUCAUCAUCAUCAUCAUCAUCAUCAGUUACCGGGGCAACCGAGCUGCCCCUCCUCCAGCGGUGGCCUCCUGACGCCUCCGACGUCUUCAACCACCUCUCCGGCUUCUGCCAGCUCUCCAUCCCUCUACCAGGCCACCUCCUCCAUCCUCGGAAGACCUAUUUAUUACACUUCUCCCUUUUAUAGCAAUUACACAAACUAUGGCAACUUCAGCCCCCUGCAGGGCCAAGGGAUCCUGCGGUAUACUAACACAUCUGGAGUGAGUCUGGCUGCUGCUGCUGCUGCCGCUGCUGCUGCUGCUGCUGCUGCCGCUGCAAACGAAGGUCUGAGCUCCUCUCAUCAUCAUCAUCAUCAGGCUCUGGAGGCUCUGGAGGCGAGCACACAGCCCAAACACAGGCCAGACUCUCCUCUCGUCAAACAUAACCCCAACCACAUUGUUGUUGUCGAGCAGCAGCAGCAACAACAUUUCAGAGCCGCACAUUUAGAAGCAAAGAAAGGUACGUAAUAACAACCACGACGCGUCACCACCGCUGUUAAAAACACAACAAAAAAACAUUUUGAGAAAAUGUAUUUAAUCUGGUGUUUUUGAAUCUUGAGAUUGUAUUUUUCUUAAACCCCGCUCCAUGGCGGAAGUAAAAAAUGAGUUCACUUUGUUUGCAAUGCAAAUCAACUGGUUUUUCUUUGUGUUACUUUUCACGUGUCAAACCAUGAAUGAAUGAAUGAAUGAAUGAAUGAAUGAAUGGAUGACUUUAUUUCGAACAUAAAAUAAAUAAAAACAGAUACAAAAUAAUAACAAACAAAACAAGAGUAAUAGUGUCCGAAAAGGAGUAGGUAGAAGUAAAACUUAUAUUUCCCUACCCCUUUCUCACUUCUCCUCUAAUAACUCAUAUAUCAUAGAAUGAUAUCCAUCCUGGCUGUUUUAGAAAAUUAAGGCUUUUAUUUCAAGCGAGUUUGCAUGAGACACAAGUGGCAUUAUCUGACACUAUUUGGCUAUUGGUUAUCACUUGUUUUUAAGAUGAAUACGAUUUUCAAGGACUGAAUAGGAGAUUUAUUAAGAUGGAUAUUUUACAGCACCCUAUAUGGCCUAUAAUUCGUUUUCAGCGCAGUACAUUUUUCUGGAUUAAUCAAUUUAUAAUUGGUCUCCAUUUUUACGCGUUUCUCAUUAAAUCAUUAAACGUCGCAUUAGAAAGCAGUGGUGAUAAGAAAAUCAUCAUACUGCAAACACAUGUGCAGCACCUACAGAUAUAGAGACAUUAAAAUAAACCCAUGAAGCACAUGCAGGCCUCAAAUCAGCCUAUAACCAUGCGCAAUUACGCACACACACACACACACACACACACACACACACACACACACAGUGGCAGCCUGUGAAUCCAAUAAGUGGAGAAAUGUUGCCAUAUAGCUUUGAGCAGGAAUCCUAUUUUUAAUGUUUCCUCUGAUGUGUGUGUGUGCGCGUGAGAGUGUGUGUGAGUGUGUGCGCGCGCACAGCAGGCCACAACCUUAUCUUUCAGUUGGGUAAUUAUAAUUACACAGGGUCAGCCAAAAGCAAACAAAUCAGUCAGUUUGCUCUGUGUGCAUUCAUCGUGCAACUUUUACAUCUUCAAAUGUCACAUAGGUUAUUGUGGCGGUUACUUUUCUUUGCGCAAAUUCAAAGCUUUGCCUACAUGCAGCUGGAUAGUCUCUGUUUUUUUUUUCUUCCAGUAAUUAGGCAAUGGGGGAUUUUAAUAAGCACUUGCAGUAUAUAGAGCUGUUUCCAGCCUGAGAGAACUCUGUGUUUCCUGAGGUUUGUGGAGGGAGUCGAUCAUUUGAUCGUGUGGGAUUUUUAUUUCCAUGGUCUGCAGGUAGGUGUCACAAUUGCUAUGACUAUAAAGCGAGUAAGGACACCACCUUUUGGCCCCAUGUUUUAACCCCCAUAACCUUUAACUCCGAACCGGAUCCAGUGCCACCAUAUAGUGGGAAUGAAAGCUGCUAUACCGCCUCCUCAGCUCCACACAGGCCGAUGAUGCACUCUCCACAGCACAUGUUUGUCACAUUAUUAUUAUUGUAUUAUUUGUUUUGUUUUUUUGACGCAUUGUGGAUAAUAAUUUCAUAUGUUGGUUUGAAAAAAAAAAAAAAUCUCCCAUUAUAUGUGAUUUACAUGUUAUUUCUCAGGUUCCUAUAGUUUGCUUAUUUGCCACGGUAUAUAUAUAUAUAUAUACAUGUAUAUAUAUAUAUAUAUACAUAUAUAUAUAUAUAUAAUUUUAAUACAUAUUCAAGUGUGGAAAACAUAAUUUGGCCUUUCUGUGAAACCGUGUUUGUAAAAGGAGGUGUCUUUGGGACUGAAGUUGAACUCGAGGACUUCAAAGUGGAAUAGCCUACAUUUGAUAUUUAUUUUUUUAAAUGAUGAUGGCGAAAUGAUUGCCGAUAAUUUAUGCAAGUUGUAUUGCAAAAAAAUGGGAAAACUGACAUCGUCUGUUUGUUUUGUAAAUAUAUAAAUAUAUAUAUUAUGGACGGUUUUUCAUUUGAGACGCAUUUUGGGGGAAAAAGCUACACAAUCUUGUUAUCAGGAGUACUUUUACUAAUUUAUAUCUUUGAAUGUAAAUGAAAUAAAACGCGCUGGUAUUGGAUGUACCGGCGAGGUUAUGAUAUCCAUUAUUCAAAAGGAGAAAAUAUUAAACUGUUUUCCCAACUAUUA